AUGGUCGAAUCCUCUGCACCACCUCGAAAGGGUCAAGUCGGGCCCCUGGUCGCCUUCCUCGAUGUCCGGGAUGCAGCUUACGAGUAUGAUGGAAGAGACUCAGAGCUGAGUUCACGGAUACCAAUCCACGCCAACCAAGAAUUCCACCUUGGAAGGCACUCGCCAGAAUUGGACUAUGCGCAUCAGACCAUCUCCAAACGUCAUCUCAAAUUUCACUGUAUUCUCUUCGAUAAUGACGGACAAUGGGGAAUCCAGCCUCUUGUCUACGCCGAGGAUACCUCGACGAAUGGCACUCACCUCAAGAGAGCCCAAGCUUAUGAUACUGUCAUGAUGCGCCCCCACCUCCCGACCACGCUUCUUGAAGACAAUGACGAGUUAUGGUUCGCUCCUCUGAAGUUCCUCCGAGGCAAGCUACAUGUCAUCUCUCGUCGAUAUCAAGUCAAGCCUCGCGUGAUUGGAGAGGGCGGCUAUGGUGCAGUUCAUGUAGCCAUUCACCGGAAGACUCAACGUCAGCUUGCCUGUAAAGUCGUCAACCUCGACCUUUUGCACCAACAAGGAAGAUGUGUGGAAAGACUCACACGCGAAUUUGAGGUGCUGCAAAACCUCAAUCACCCGAACAUCAUCAAGCUAGAGAAGGUCUACCACAGUGAUGCAGGCCUCUACAUCUUCCAAGAACUUGUCUCCGGCGGCGACUUGUUCUCCUUCAUAACGAACAGGCAUGCAUCCGGCAUGCCCACCAUUGAGGCUGCUGUGAUUGCGUAUCAAAUUCUCAAAGGCGUCGAGUACUUGCAUGACAGUGGAAUCGUCCAUCGGGAUAUCAAGCCAGACAAUAUCUUACUGACAUCAACAAAGACCGCAUCUCGAGUCGUCAUUACUGAUUUUGGUCAAGCGCGCAACUUGCCUGACGAGGAUUCCGCCCAGAGAAUGAAGUCUGUGGCGGGGACGCUCGGUUUCAAUGCCCCUGAAAUCUUCAGAAGGAAUCCAAAGGUUCUCAGUGGCUCAGGAUACUCCAAGGCGGUCGACAUCUGGUCUGUAGGCUGUGUUUCCGCUCAACUUUUGACUGGUAAGCCGAUAUUCCACGACAAGGAUGCCGAAAACCAGGAAGCUGCAGUCAAGCAGUUGAGCAGCAGAUGCAACCUUGACAUUCUGGAUAAUGAUCCCGCCUGGCAGAAAGUCGGCCGCCGAGCGAAAGAUUUCAUCCGUCGGACAGUCGUGUUAGACGAGAAUGACCGACUCAGUGCGAAGGAGGCUCUGCGGCAUGACUGGUUCUCAAAUCGAGCCCAUGUUGAUGAAUUCGAAGCGGUGUAUCAGCAUGUUACCAAAGACUGGGAGCCUCGACGAAGGAUUUUUAAGAUAAUCGAGCACAUUCCUUCAGCUCGCCCGCAGAUGCAGCUCAACACAUCUCAGUUCUUCCCACCAAUUCCGUUGCCCGUACGCCGCCCACUCCCUAUGGUAGAUCUUUUAUCUGGCCAAUCGCCAGUGAUGCCAGUCAUAGAUGAAGAGGCUGCCUGCCCGGAUGCCAGCUCGACAAGACCUUCAUCGACGGGGUUGGGUGAAGAUUCAGAAAUUCCUGGGCCGCCACAAACUUGGGGAGGCACUGCAUCUGAAGAGUGGGCGCCCGCAAAAUGUAAUGAAGCUACUCAACUAUCUCGACCGCCUUUGGCCGCGACUGGACAGUCCCUUGCAGGACGCGUGUUGCAGCAAGAUUCCAAUACUAGACAGAGUCUUGACCAGGACAACCAAGAGCAGCAGCAAGUAAUUCCUACACAGCUCCUAACACAGAACAACUACAGCAAGAAACAAGAUAUACAGAUACAUUACCAUGCUAACAGCGCCAAGCAAAACCUCCCGCUGCGCUCCUCCGUGCCAGAUUCAUCGCAUUCCAAUGAAGCGGACAUACGCGAAGAGAUGAGACAGCUUUCGUUAGCUGGGCAGAAAGAAGAGGAAGGCAUGGACAUACAAGGGGCGAGGCAGCCAUCCUGGGACUUCGAUCAGGAAAUGACUCAAGACUCGCUCUCGAAGCAGCAGAAUGGCGCAACGUUCUCGCGCAAAGAACAGGCUUCAUCUGAUUUUGAUCACAACAAUAACGACACUGAUUUCUGGGAGAUUGCUCUGACUUCAGAAUUCAAGCAGCCGGCAGCGAAGAGGCUGCGUACUGGCUGA